AUGGAAUCGAAAAACAUUAAUUUGGCAAAUGUUCAUGGAUAUGUCACCGAUUCUGAGAAUAGUGACGUAAAUGAUGACGCAAUUAGUUUUUCAGCACAACAUAAUGUAGAUGUAAAUACAAUUCAAUUCCACUCCACAGGGAUUAACAAUAACGAACCACUUGCAAAUGAAACCUUUUGCACAGUCGAUGAAGCAUCGAUUACCAGAUCAGAUAAAAAUAUUUCGCGUGAAAUCAGUGAACCUAGCCCGGUUUCGAUUCAAUCAGACCGUGGCACAGAAACAAUGGCAACAAAUAAUGGCAUAAAUACAAACACACAAGCUUCGUCAGUUACGCUUGAGGCAUUAUAUAGUCUGAUGUCAAAAGUGAGCGAGAAACUGGCGAAUCUAGAAAUCAGCCACAACAUGACAAACACAAAAUUGUCAAACAUGGAAAUUGGGUUCCAACAGCAGUUUUCAAGUAUAAACACGCAAUUUGAAAACAUACACAGACAUUUCGAUCAACGCUUAAAUAAACUCAACAAUGAAAUCGAUCAAAAGAUCGAAGACAAAGUCAUCAAAACCAUCAAUUGUGUAUACAAUGUAUUGGGAAAUGACUUAGAAAAGAAAUUGUCAGAUCUUACAAACAAACAGGAACAGGAACUGUCAGAAAUAGUAGAAACACACAAUCAAACACAAACCGUACAAAAAGAUAUACAUGAAAACGUACAGGCUAUUCAAUUAAAUUUAACAAGAGUACAGUCCGCAUGUGAAGAAAUACCUGACCAAGUUAAUAAAAUUAACGAAGAAGUCGGUUUUCUGAAACAGGAGACUCGACGUAUCAACGCGGACAUUAUCAAAAUAAACGAAACUUUAGAAAACGGUAAUGAAAUCAAAGUAGCCGAGGACAGAAUACGCAAGGAAAUUGCUGGUAGACUGAAUGUUUCAAAUGACUUGCCUACGUCAAGCAGCAGGCAGCGCGACACUUAUACGCCAGUGCCAGAUUAUGAUGUCAAUAACGCAGAACAUCAGGUGCCCAGUGUGGCGUAUGUGCACGCACCGGCACAGGCAAACAAUGGCUAUUCGCCAAACGCGGUGCUGCAACAGGCAGUAGAAGAGCCAAGCACAAGUAAUCGGAAUGAAUAUUCCGGAACCAAUCAAAACAACGGUAACGGAUAUCAUUUUAAUGGCAGUGGACAAAACCCACACAGUUGGCAUCCGCAUGCGACAAGGCCAAAUAAUGGAACCCGGAAUUACGGAAAUCGGAGGAAUUCGGCGGCACAGAGACGUGAAGACCGAAGGUAUAGUACAGAUUGCGGUCUACGCCGGUAUGGAAAUGAUAGAAAUCAUGUGAAUGAUUGGUCAGGCCCGCGUGAUGAAAGGCGGCACACAAAUGAAAACUACAAUAGUUACAAGGUAACGGACAGUACUGAAGCAACGCCUUUGUCUCCCCCGAUAAACAACAAUCGGUCGUAA